AUGGAUGCCCUCAUGUCCCGUUUAGAUGUUCUGGUCACCAACCCCGACCUUGCACCUCUCCUCGCGCUAGUUAAGACUGUCCGUAAUGGCGCAGUAUACGGCGCAAAAGUGCGGUUUCCGCAUGCUUUGGUAAUGAUCUUUCUCUUUCGCUCUGGAACCUUCCGAGAAAAAGCAAAGCUUGUCCUGAAAGCCACACGGCAGCAUGCCCGGAACCUCGCGACCUUCGCUUUCAUAUACAAGAGCUCUAUGAUUGUGCUGCGAAACGUGAACCCCUCUGGAGUCGGAAAGGAGGGACGAUUUGACAGCUUCUUUGCUGGUCUGCUGGGAGGGUAUGCCGUGUUCGGCCGGAACAAGACGAGUAUUACCCAGCAGAUUGUCAUUUACAUUUUUGCCCGGGUGCUGUUGGCUCUUGCCAAGCUGUCCGUGCAACCGAACAUGCACCCCCUCUCCUCCCUCAUAAACCCCGGUACUCGAGCCGACAUAGAGAAACAUGCAUGGCCAGUCUUUGCCAGCGUGAGCUGGGCGAUGGUUAUGUACCUCUUCCGCUGGCACCCGGACUCCCUCAUGUCGAGCUUGAAGAGUAGCAUGGUUUACAUCUAUUCCGACUGCGAUCACUGGGAUUCAUUCCGCAAUCUCUUGAUCCACAACAAAUAG